AGAAAAAUUAAUAAUCAAAGAGGAUAUAAUUUUAUUAAAAGACAAACAAAUUAAAGACCAACACGAUCUGUUAAAUACACUAGAUCUUAAAGUGAAUAAUAUGACGGAAAAUAUUAAAUACUUAGAGAGUCAGUUAUCACUAGCCGAAGGUCAAAUUACAGUCAACGAAGAACAAAUAAAUGAAAAAAAUAAAGAAAUCAAGGAAAACAGUGAAAAGAUUAGAAUCAAGGAUGAUCUCAUUAAUUUGAAAGAGGAGCAAAUUGAGGAACAAAAGGAGUUGCUUAAUAGCAAAGAAAAUAACAUGACUGAAAUUGUUAAGAAUUUGGAGAGUCAGUUGGCACUUGCUGAAGGUCAAAAUAAAAUCAAUACAGAGCUAUUACUGAACCAAAAUGGUGACAUUGUAGAUCUAAGAGAACAGAUUCGAAUGAAAGAAACGGAAAUAAACACCAAAAGCUCGCAAGUUGAGGACCAAAGUAAUCAAAUUUCGAGUAAGGAUUUGGAAAUCCGUAACCUAAACAAUAAAAUUAAAUCGGAUUCCCAAAAGCUCACUGAUAUAACCAACCAGUGCAGUCAAUUGGACAGUUGCCCCACUGGUUCAGAUGGCUUUAGCUACAUAAAAAUACGUGAUGUAAAUAUUUUCAAAGUUCCCUGCGAAGCAAGUGGCUAUAUGAUCAUUCAAAGACGUCAGGAUGGAUCCGAGAACUUCAAUCGAAAUUGGAACGAUUAUAAGAAAGGAUUUGGCCGCGUAGAGCGUGAAUUUUUCAUUGGGCUAGAAAAGUUACACAUAAUGACUGAGGCAAGACCACAGGAGCUUUUGAUUAGAAUGCAAGAUGUUGAAGGUCGAACUGGCUAUGCUCACUAUGACAAUUUCAGAAUUGGCAGCGAAAAUGAAGCAUACGUUUUGAAAGCUUUAGGAAAAUAUUCUGGUACAGCUGGAGACUCCCUAUCACAUCAUGAGAAAAUUAAAUUCACCACAUUUGACCGAGAUAAUGACAAUUGGAAGGAAAACUGCGCUCAACAUGAAAGCGGUGGUUAUUGGUACAACAAGUGUGCUACAAGUACCCUUAAUGGAAAAUAUAUUGCAAAUGGACGUAGAGGAACAAUUAAGAGCCUACCUAUUACUUGGGGUUCUUGGAGUAAUUAUGAUUAUAAUGUGUCGCUAACCCAAGUUGAGAUGUUGAUAAGGCCAAAGUCCUAAGGAUUA